AUGUGUCAGAAAACAUCGGGGCGACAACAAGGGGAGGAGGGGCGAGGGAGGGAGUCAUCAUUCGGAGUUUGGGCCGACCUGGUGGGCGCGGGAGCAGAGAGGGAGGAGGGGAUCGCGAAUGUUGCGGUGCAUCUCUCCCACCACACCGACUACAUUGAUCGCCGACAAGACGACAUUUUUACCGACUCGGAUUGCAUUUUCUAUCCCUGCCGAGAGUGUAUCCGCAGCAACCGCAUCGCUGCAGCCGUGGACUCGAAUGGCCUCUCACCAUCCAACCCGCGCACUCCCUCUUCCUCCGCUGCGCCACCUGAUACCGCCACACAGCCGACGCUCCUCGGUUCUCAUCGGCCGUUGGGGGAGGCCACUCAGGGGGAGGCCACUCGGAGAGAUGCCACACGAGGGGAAGCCACACGGGGGGAAGCCACACGGGGGGAAGCCACACGGGGGGGAGCCAUACGGGGGAAAGCCACGCGUGACGUAGAAGUGCGCGAUGCUGCGAGCGAUGGGGGGUUACGGCAAGAGGCGGAGACGCGGGAAGCGUUUCCGCCAUGCACCAGCGUGCCGCGGCCGCGCUGGUGGCUGCUGGGCGCGCUGGCUCGUGCGGCCGCGGAGGCCUUCAACGCCACCUCGCCGCUCGCCGCCAUGGAACGCCGUCCCGCUCGCGCCGCCGCUACCGCCCGCCCUCCCUCUCUGCGCCCCGCCGCUGAUCUGCCUCUCGUCGUCGCGAUGGCCGGCGACUUUCUCGCCGGGAACUUGAGUGCGAGUCGGGAAAGGAAGCGCGUGUGGCGCAGUGGUAGGAUGAACCCGUUUCUGCGGAGCAGCAGAAGCAUGCUGUCGACAGCCCAGCGCCGCCCUCCGCCACCCGCUGCUCGACGCACGCCCGCUCGAAGAACCCCCUCCCUGCCGCCGCCCGCUGCUAAGAAGCAGGCGCCGCUACCCGAGAUCACCUCGCGGUCCCCCGGUAAGAGCACUGGCGGGUCGCCGGGGAGGAAAGCUGAGAGCCAGCCGAAUGCGCCGCCGCCACCGGCUAAGAAGGGCCGGAAGAAGAAGCUUGCGCCUCCUCCUUCACCCCCAUCCCCCCCCGCGCCCCCUUCUCCGCCGCCGUUCGGCGUACAGUCCCCCGACUGCCAGUACGGCGCGGAGAAGUCGCUGGCGGAAUGCGCCAUGGGGUACGCGGGCGCGGCGGGUGUGCGCGGGGCGCAGGCGCUGGGGCUGACGCGGUACACGGUGGACAGCGAGUUCGACACGCUGGACGGGUCGCAGAUGGCGGUGGGCACGCUGCGGUGGGCCGUGACGUACCUGCGCGAGGGCGCGUACAUCCAGUUCGCGCGCAGCAUGCAGAUCGUGCUGCAGGGCAGCUUGUACGUGCGGUCGCGCACGACGAUCGACGGGCAGGGCUUCCACGGGGCCGAGGGGGAUGGACACGGUGUGAGGGAGUGGAGGGACGUGGUGGUGAUGCUGAGAAGUGGAUGGGACGGAGGUGGAAGCAAUGAUGCAACUCUUGGAGUGCUGUCAUGUGUGCAUGUGCCAUCUCAUACCCGCACGAACAUGCAAGACAUGCCCAUUGCUGGCCUCUCGUUGAUGUCCAUGUCCUCAACCCUUGCUCUCCCCUUGCCCUUCCGCCCCGCCUCCACCCCUCUCUCCCUCUCUCUCGUGCGUGAUGUACUGGCAUGGUCGGCAGUGAGCGGUGCGGCGAGCAACCUGAUAAUGGUGUACAACAGCAGCAAGGUGUGGGUGGACCACUGCCGCCUGGUGGACGGGCGCACGGGCACGGUGGACGUGGGCAAGGGCAGCACGGACGUCACCAUCUCCAACUGCUACAUCACCAGCCCCACGCCCACCAUGCAGCUGGGGCUGUCGGACGGGGAGGAGGCGGAUCGCAUGAUGCGCGUGACGCUGUACCGCAACUGGUUUGACUCCUCCUACGCCAUGCAGCCGCUGUGCCGCAAGGGCUCCUGCCACGUCGCCUCCAACCUCUACACGCGCUGGACGUCCUUCUGCCUUGCGGCCCGCAGGGGUGCCGUGGUGCGGUCGGAGAAGAACGUGUUCCGCGCCGACCCGGCAAACCGGCAGGAGGUGACGGCGUGGUACAGUGGCAUGCUGCCCACAGAUAGCAACUAUGAUACCACUGCCACCAUCCGCUCCGUGGACGACUUGCUGCUCGCAGGUGCCACGUUCCACCAGUGGGUGGGGGCCAAUGCGCUCUUCACGCCGCCCUACUACCUGCCCUUCUUCCGCAACACGCGCCUGCUGGAGGCUUUUCUCAUGGUCAACUGCGGGCCCAAGUACGACACCGUUGUCGCUCUCCCCCCUGCCUCGCCCCCCCCUUCUCCACCUCCGUCGCCCCCUCCUCCUCCCCCCUCCCCUCCUCCGCCACCAUACGUCCCGCCCCCACCCAUCCCUCCGCCACCCCCUCCGCCAUCGCCCCCGCCAGCGCCGCCCCCGUCCUCAUCCGACUGCCAGUACACCCCGGCGGCGUACGGCGCAGGCAUACUGGCGUGCGCCAUGGGGUACGCGGUGGGGGAUGAAGGUGCGGGGCUGGCGGGUAUAGCGGCGGUGCCCGAGUACGUGGUGACACUGGAUGACGACGCGGCGAGCAGCAGCCGCCAGGGGUCGCUGCGGUGGGGCGUGGCCAACUUCAAGGGCGGCGUGCGCAUCUCCUUUGCGCGCUCCAUGACCAUCCGCCUGGCUGCCGUGCUGUACGUGAAGUCCAACACGAUGAUUGACGGCAGGGGAGUGCGCGUGACACUCACGGGCGACAGCAUUGUGGUGGUGCACUCGUCGCAGGUCGUGCUGCACAACAUUGAAUUGGCAUGCGACGCUCCGAGCAGCAGUGCGCACGUGGUGUUGUACAACAGCACCAACGUGUGGCUGGACCACUGCCGCUUCUCCAACAUCUCCAAGGCCGCCCUCGACGUGUCCCGCCUCUCCUCCGCUGUCACCGUCUCCAACUGCCACUUCACCCCGGGAACUCCCACCGCUGCCACGGUUCUGCUGGGCAGCAGUGACAGCGACACCUCCCUUGCCUCCCUCACCGCCACGCUCUACCGCAACUGGUUUGACCGCGCCCCGCCCGGCCAGCCCGUGUGCCGCCGCGGCAGCUGCCACGUGGCGAGCAACCUGGUGAGCGCGUGGGCAGGGGCGGCCAUGGAUGCGCGUGUGGGAGGGCAGGUGCUGCUAGAGAACACCCUCCUCUCCUCUGGCGCUGCCUCAAAGGCCGUCGUGGCUGCUUCUGCCACGAGCCCUCCCGGCACUGUGAUAUCCGUUGGCAGUGUGCUCAUGGGCUCUGCUGUGUGGGGCCCCGUGGCAGCACCAGGCACCCCCACCUUCACUCCUCCGUACACACUGCCCUCGUCGUCCCCAGACGCCAAGUUUGCCCAGUUCAUCAGGAGCAAUGCCGGCCCACAUGAGUGUACGUGCUGGUGCCUACAGUCGUGCUGUGGCGUCGCCGUGGGCGGCGAGGGUUCAGCGACCGCCAUGGCGAGCGACGAAGCGUGGACAGUCGUUUCCAAACGCCGCGCCUCGCGCGGAAGCCGUUCCAGCGGUCCGCGGCCGGGGGACGCCCAAGGGCCCGUCGGGUGCGCCUCCGCGGAGUCGAACGGCGGGGCUUGCGCGGAGGUGUCGGGGAGUGCCGCGGAUGAGCGGAAGGUGGAGCUUCCGGGGUGGAACGUGCGCGGGAAUUGGGGGAACGAAGGGGAACGCGAGUGCGCCCCUCGGAGGCCAGGCGGUAAAGGCAAGGGGCGACGCGGCAGUGGCGCGGGCAAUGCCGGGGAAAGCGAGGAGUCGCGAGUGACGGCGCGGAUGGAGGAGGCGAGGCGCAUGGUGCAGGAGUCGUCGUUCUACAGCAAGCUGAGAGACCAGAUGGCAUCACUGCGUGUGGCCCAUCGCCUGCUGGCAGCGCAUCCCCUCUCCGCUCUCUCCGCCACCUCCCCUCCUCCCACGCCUCCCCCAUCUGCUUCUGCUGCGAGUGCACCUCAUCACCCACCCUCUCCACCCACAGCACUUGCACACGGCCACGAGGGAUGUGCCGUGGACACAUGGGGGAAAGAGGAGGACUGUAUGGAAGAGGGAGUGGGGCUGGAGGGAGAGGAAAGGGAGGGGGGAGAAGAGGGGUGGGAGGGGGUGGUGGUGGAGGUGGUGGUGUACGGGGUGGGCAGCAUCGCACACUGCGACCGUGUCACCAGUGUCUGCCCUCGCUGCCCUCGUGCUGUCUGCCCCGCCGCGUUCUCAGCCCACCCCCUUCCCACCCUCCCGCCUCAUCCACAGGAGGACCUCUCCCCGCUGCCCCAGCCCCCUUGCCCGCCCUCGUCCUCCCGGCCACCACCCGCGGCCUCCACACAUCCCCACCGCCUGUCCCCUCCUCCAUCACAGCCGGCCCUACCUGCGUCACCACCCUCAUCCGCCUGCCCUCCUCCCGCGCCCCACCCCAGCGGUGCCACCCCCCCUGCAUGUGCGGCGUCCCCCCGUGUGCGCGUGGCUGUGUUCGACCCCGUGCUCUCCCCCGCUGAGCUCUCUGCGCUCGCCCUUUUGGGUGUGCACUGCCUGCCCGCCAACGAGGUCCGUGGGGGGAGGAUAUCAAUGGAGGAGAGGGGUGAGCGAGCAGGGCGAUAUGGGCAAGGAGGAGAGGAGUGGGAGAUAAAGAGAGGGAAGGGGGGAGGGGAAAGUGUAGGCGGAGGAUGGGGUUCCCUUUCCUAUGGUUGCCCUUCAUCCAUGCGCACCUGCGAAUCGGUCUCUUUCAACCCACCCCCCUGCUGCCAGGUUCUUGAAGCCAAUGCCUCUGCUCUCGGUUUCACCCCCACUCCUCCCACGUCGCCCCCCGCCUCUCUCCCUCUCACUCCUCCACUGCUCCGAGAAGCACCUGCCGAGCUGCCUCCAUCCUCCACUCCAGCAGCAGCAGCAGCAGAGGAUGAUGCGUGUGGUGGCAGCACGGCAGGGUGUGCGCCUGUGGUUAUCCUGGGCAACAGCUUUGCCUCAUACGAGGAGAGGUGCGCACUGCAAGUGGUGUUAGGGAAGAACGAACCCGGUGGGGAGGCAGGGGUCACCUCCCUCACCUGCCUCGUCUCUCUGCCUGCACGCCUCACCUUGCACUGGACCCCCUCCUCUGCAUGCCCAUGCACGCCCACGCCACUGCCACCUCCCACUGCCACGUCACCCCUUCUCCCCAUUCUGAUUGCCUCCCUCAUGCUCGCCUCUCUCCUGCCUCUGCGUCCAUGUGCUGUGAUUCACUGCCCCGCCACCACUCAUCCACACCAUGCAGUGCAGCGAGGAGCGGUGGAGGAGGUGCCUGUGGAUGCCGCUGCCUUCCCCCUCAUCUCCGCCUUCAAUGACACGAGCUGGCACUUCUUGCGUUGCCGUGACAACCACCACAUGCUGCUGCACAGUCAAUCUUAG